CUGCCGCGCGGCUCCCGGCAUGGGGAACAUAACUUGUGUCCCUCAGGCACCUGGCAGGCUGCGGGGCUCCUUCCGAAGGAAGCCUUCCCUCAAGAAAGAACAAAAUGGCAAGAAAAAACUGCCCAGCUUUUUUGGUAUAGAAGGAGGGCAGGAGGGAGAUACGACCACAGACAAAAUCCUGCAGUAUAUUCCAGGAAAGAGUAUUCAGAAUCAGGAAAACCAGAAAGAGAACUUGGACCAGAGGUUCCCCAGCCUGUUCAAGAAGGGACGAAGGAAAACUGUUGUCAGGAAUCUGGGCAAGAUCAUUUAUUACUCCAAGGUCAAGUUUAAGUUCCAGCACUGCCAGGAGGUGAAUGACUGCUUCUUGGAGCUGUUCCAGUCUUACCUGUACUUCCAGUCCAUGGGCUCCAAUGGACUCACUUACCAGGGACUGCUGCCUCUGAAAGAGCUGAACGUGUGUGAAAUUGAGCAGGGGAGGAGCACUGGGCAGGAGGCUCACGCCUUCCGCAUCGCAGGUCCUCUGCUGAAUCCCCUUAUCGUGUUCUGCCCUACUGAGUCAGAGCUGAAGCAGUGGCUUUAUCACCUGGAGAAACAGAUCCAGCUGAAUGGAGGAAGCCUUGGCUUGCCCUUCCUCUCUCAGAAUGAAUGGAAGCAGAGCUCCCUGGGGAAGGAGGAGCUGCGGUGGUCUGUGCAGAACAUGCCUGUGCAGGAGUGGAGAGGGACCCAGCGAGAAUCCCUUGGUGAUGUCCUCUGUGUUUCCAAAGUGAAGCUUCAGCACCUGCCUUUCCAGGAGCAGCACGACCGCCUGCUGGUGCUUUACCCUUCCACGCUGGUGAUCGUGUCUGAGGAGCACAACAGCCUCUGCUUUAAGGGUGAGCUGCCACUCAAUGCCAUCCAAGUGCUUUUUGAAGAGAACGAGAAAACUUCCUUUUUAAUAGAAGGCCGACUGAUCAACUCGAUCCGGGUGAUCUGCCACAGCUAUGAGGAUUACCAGGAGUGGCUCUACUGCCUCAAAACAGCCCAGUUCCGCAACGCUGACUCCUCCCUGUCCGGCUCAGAGAGCUUCUCAGGGUCAAAGCUGCCACACCACAGCCAGUUUGGUGGCAGUGGGAGAGGGUCACUCACUUCUGACGGCCGUACAAACUCCUGGGCCUCGGGAGGGAGAGUGGCCACGUUAACACACGUGUCCCAGAACAGCGGCUCUCUCCCCGACGGACAGCCCUUCGUGCUGAUGCCUGACAGCAGGAUGCUUGAAGACCCCCUCUCCCCUGGUUAUUCCCAGCCUCUCCACUGCCUGGCACAGGCCAACUGGCCAAGCACGGGCUUGCCAGCACAGGACCUACGGCGGGGAGGCAGCGCCAGGAAGUCCAAAAGCAAAUGUGGGCCCUGUGGGCAGCAGCUGCCCAGCCAGGACUCAGAGAGGAGCAUCUGCAGCCUCAUCCCUGAAAACCCCAAGGGCGAGCUCCUGUCCUGUGUGUACAACGAGCCCUACUCUGCACAUGGAUUGCACCAUCACCCUGCAGCUCCCCCACCACACCUGGACCUGAGCAGCCUGAACAGAUGGAGCUUGGUGGGCAGCCAGCCCUCCACAGCCUCCAGCUGCCUGGAGCCGCCGGCCGUGCCCCGCUCCCCGCUCUACGCCGAUCCCUACACCCCCAGCUCCAGCGUCCUGGAAGAGAGGAGGAGCUGCCAGCCCCUGCCCAGCACCCACUGCAGAGAGCUGCCCACAGCUCCCACCUACAGCACCCCGUGUCGCCUGCAGCUGCGGCCUCCUGCUGAUGCUGCUUAUCUUCAAGAGGUCUCUUCUCUGCAAGAGGAACAUCUGGGCCCUUCACUGCAUCCUCCAGAUGGGAACAUCAGCACUUACGACCUGCCUGAGGCCAGCUGCUCUCAGCAUGACUCUGCAGCCUACCACGACUAUGCUGAGCUCCAGAGCUUCCAGAGUGACUUCAGCUACGACAACCUGUGGGAAGCUGAGGUGAAGGCACCAGGCAGCCCUCACCCCCACCCAGCCCCACACCAGCAGUUCUACCAGGCCUGAGGGGAGACCUCCACAGCCAGGCACAGAAAAGCCACCAAGCUCUUUUCUUGCUGGGUUUCCCCUCCAGGGUGAGGAGCCAAGGGGGUACAUAAGCAAAGGGGAAGGUCCUUGCUCUGUGAAGGGCUGCUUCCCAUGUUCUGGCAGGUACAGAGUUCAAAUGGAUCCCCUAAAUCUGAGGGUGGGGACGAAGCACAAAGCCUCUGCAGCCCCAGAGGAGCAGCCUGUGUGCUGUGCUGAGCAUGCUUGUGGCUGCCCUGGCUCAGGGAGCCCUGGCUCAAUGCCACAGCAUUGCACCCCCCAACAUAAAAAGAACAAAAAGCUGGUCAGGCUCCCUCAGAUAAAAGGGACUUGGGUGUUGAGCCACCCAAAGGCCAAAGCAAAGGGCAGGCUGGUGGCUGGGUUAGUUGGAUCGUUUUCCUUUUUACCAAAGCCCUCAGACUAGUCACUCUGAGGAAUCCACUGAUCCCUGACAGGAGCUGCUAAGCCAAACCUUCCCUCAUCGAGCUCUGAAGCCUGCAGAGAUGCCUGAGACAUGCCCCAUCACAGUAUAUAAGGUUGGGAGCAAUAGCUGUGUCUUCCUGCAAGAUCAGAGGCAUGUGACAGGGUUGGAGGGAAGAAAUGGAUGGGAUGUUCUUUCCACUUGAUGCCAAAACAAUUCUUUCCUGCCUGGGAAGUGCUGGCUCCAAACCAUGGUGCUGAGCUGCAGUGUUCUGAGCCUGACACCUUGGCAGGUGCCAGCAAAUACGCCAAGUGGCUGGUGCUUACCAAAGUCUGCCCUGGAAAGGAUGCCCUGAGGUUCCUCCUGAGGGGGACUGUGUCCUUUCCUCCCACCCCUCUCUGCACAUUACUGGCUCACACUAAAUGCUGACUGAAAAUCCAGGGAGAGAGAGAAGGAAGG